AUGUCGGUGGACAUCUACGUAUCGCCCAAAUUCCUGCUCGGCAGACAUCCGUCGCUCGCCACCGCCGAGUUCAGGCUAGCUAUCUCGGACGCGAUGGACUAUCAUAGCAUCUCCAAAACACUGGCGGAAGGGGCAGAAUGGCGGAUCAAGCCGUUGGCGAAGGCGCCGCCGUGCGAGGCUUCUUACCCGUCUUAUCUGGGCGGUCAGCGUGAAUGGUGGUCGCCGCUCUGGGAUACAUGCAAGGUCUUACGGACGCCUCUCGGUCGGGCGAUACACGACGCGCGCAAGGGGUUCUCCGAGCUGGUCCUAGCUACCAACCCCGAUAUUCAAGUCUGCCAGCGGGUGGAGUUCGGGCCACUCGCAUUCACCUCGCAGCUCUGGCUCCAGGAGCCUGCUGGUACGGCAGAAAGGAGGAAGCGCGAGACGGUCCGUGAACCUCUUUACCGGAUGCACAUCGACGAUGUCCAAUGCGGCGACGUGUCCUUCAUCGCGGGGCGACGCGCCAUGUGGUACGGGAGCUACACUGGUCUGACCGAGGGUCCCCGAACCACACUGGCGAUCGACAAGCUCAUCGCUAUCAUCGAGCUACACGUCUACCACCGAGAAAGGGCCAAAAACGGGAACAUCGCACACGCUCAGGAGGCCACCCACACGGCGUUCGACGUGGACAUUGGCCUUCCUCCCGUCUUCUUUCGGCCCUCCGCCAUGGACUACAUGCGGAAGAGGCUGGACCAUGGGGUCAGCACGGCGGCAGAGAUGGCAGGAUCGACAGUGUCGGCGAUCAAGGAUGAUAGUUGGCGAUUUGUGCCGUUGGCGGAGGCCCCACCGUGCUUGGUGUGUGGGUGGUGCGUCGAGGACAUCUAG